GUUGCUCUGUACGGCAGCCAGGCAUGGAAGCCAAUCGAUUUGCGUUGUUACGUAAUGCAUUAUCUCAUUGCCCUCUAUACUUGCUCCAGCAAGUGGCAUAAACAAAACAUUUUACGUAAAUUGGCCCAGUGGAAGACUGAGUGAUAUUACGAAAGGGUCCUGUUUUAUGCCGAUGAUAUACUCAUCACAGCACCCAGACCCUGGAAAUGGCACACAGACAGACCCCCUGAACAGCAAAGCGAGCAGCAAGCACAACCCGGCUCCCGAUGAGGCAUCCUUUAAUUUUGCCAAUAGACGGGACUCGCUGUUGACCGGGUCGUCUGGCGUGCCCACCGACUACUACCAAGCUGGAAACACGGCUGUGGGAGGCGAUCAGAUGCACAACAACUCGAUUUCUGGCAUGUUUCCGCGUCAGGACAGCUUCUUUUUCCCACGGUUUUCGUUUGACUCAAAUGCUCCUCCGGGGAGCUUCAGCGGUGCCUCGCAGCAGCAACCCCCUGAAGGGUUCCCUUACAACGAUAUCCAGAGAGAGUAUAUGUUUGCGUAUCCUCCAGGAAGCCACAACGGGACUAUGCAGAACUUCCUCCAGCCCUAUUCCUCAGAACGGAUGAUACACUCGGGGCCCGGUGAUCAUGUUUACGGACGACGCCCGAGCGAACAGUUGGAGCCUUUUAUCCCGCCACAGCAGCAACAGCAGCAGCAACCGACGCAGUUGACCCCACAACAGACACAAUACCAGAUACCUCAAGCGCAGGCUGUAACGAACUCCAGAAGCAACAGUCACUUUUUCCGAAGGUUUCCUUCAAUAAGCCAGCCGAACAGCGAACUUCCCGUUGGAGAUGUGGACAGCUUUUUGAAAAGAGACAGUGUGAACAAAAUAUUCGAUCAGAACGGCGACCUGCUUGACGGCAUUCCGUAUACCGACCAGCAGCAGACUUCUCAGAAUCAACAACAGUUCCAAUCCGGUCAUUCCCGAGGGGGAAGCAUAUACUCCAGCGCGCCUAUGCUGCCGAUUCCUUCAAGGAUGGUGAUGGACCCAGCCAAGAAUUCUGUCCAGAGUGUCCAAAAAGAUGCGCAGAACUCGCGUCCGGCACAGGAGUCGGAGUUGAAGAAAGAUGAGGAAAGUGCGCCCAACAGAACACGUCACGGGGCCUAUAAUCCGGAAUCUGUGAGCUCGGGCAACUCAGGGUCUCUGGACAGCGCAUUGUCUCCCGUCAGCAAAAAGGCCAAUAUACAACAAUCAACGAACAAUCUGGUGCCGGUGGCUCCAAAUGUCAAACCCGAGUACAGUAACAUGGCCAACUUGGUUCCUGCUAAUCAGGCACUCCACACCGAAGACGGGCGGCCGUUGAUAGGCGCAACAAAGGUGGAUCAAUUAAUGCUGGUUAUCCAGGCGCGCAAGAAGGGAUUAACCGGAGACAUCAAGCAGGCCGAGGAUGGAACCAUUCUGGAGGAAGUCGGCCCAGGGACAACCACCACCUCUGUACUACCAAAUCCGGUAGAAUUGGUUGGGGGUGUUGAGAAACCUAACAUACGCGGACAUAAGCAACAUCAGUGUCAAUAUUGUUACAAGAAGUUUACUCAGUCGACGCAUCUGGAGGUGCACAUUCGCUCUCACAUAGGAUUGAAGCCCUACGAGUGUUCUUAUUGCCACAAGCGAUUCACUCAAGGAGGCAAUCUAAGAACUCAUUUGCGUCUCCACACCGGAGAGAAGCCGUUUAAGUGCGAGGUUUGCGAUAAGUCGUUUUCAAGAAAAGGGAACCUACAGGCGCACAUGCUGACCCACAACAACCUGAGGCCGUUUGUGUGUAAAUUCGACAACUGCAACAAAAGCUUCACACAGCUAGGAAAUCUCAAGGCACAUCAAAAUAGAUUCCACAUGAAGACCUUGAACGAACUCACCAACAAACUGGCACAUAUAUCGUCCUCAGGUAACUCCAUUGAUGCUCUUCCUCCAAACGAGAGAGAUCUUCUGCUUUAUUUCGCCGAUUUAUACAAAAAUCUCAACAGAGGAAUUCGCGGUCGCGGCAGAGGAGUGAAAAACGCAGACUCUUUGUCUCGCGGUCAUGGAGUUUGAUUGUCAUGGGAUGAUUGAGGGGGUCGCAUAGAUUGUUAAUUGUAUUGUAGUGUAUGUUUUUUGACUGGUAGGUAAGAUUAAUGUUAAAUGGAUUACCUAUUAAUUAAAAUGGAUUAUGAUUUCUGGUUAAAAUCAUUUGGAGGGCCUGCACUCCAGUCAUUAUAGAACAUGUCCUCAAAAUCGUAACGUUUUGGUGGGCCUUGGUAGUCGGGCGGCAGUCCGGUAAAACCUUUGCUGUUUUGUUGGGAUUGGGAGACGGUAGACAGUCCCGAAGGAAUUGAUCCGAAGAUGGUUCCAUUUUGAGGCUCGUUUUCCGGCUCUUGAUACUGCUCUGGGUAAGGCUCGGGCUCCGGAGUAUUAUCUGUCGACUGUUGAUUUGAAUUGAGCAUAUAAGGAGGCAGAAAGCGUCCGAAAAUCUUCAUGUCCAGUUGGUCCAUAGGACCAGGAACAUACUUGUAUUUGGAAUUCUGAUCUGGAGGAGAUAUUGACGACGGGACGUCCUCCACUUCCGAGUUCGAAGGAAGAUUAAGGUUAAUGCCGGUGGACACACCAUCAAUGAAAUUCACACCAUUAACGAUGUUGUUGAUCUCUGAAUUUUCCAUUUUUGAGUAGCCGUUAAAGGGCUGUUGCACGUACUCGGGGGGUCUCAUAUUCUGCGGUGGCAGUGGAAUAGCCAUUUGAUCUUUUUUGUGGUUAUCACGCUCGAAUUGAGACUUUCCAACUUGUGGCGUAAGGAAGUGAGAGUUUGGCGGUUCGUGGCUGAUGCUGGCAUUGGCAGUUUUGCGGUUUAGCUCCUCAAACAGCGCAUUGAGAAUGUUGUAUGUUCUUCGCGCGGCCAUGCUGCUGUCCUUCAGAAUGUCCAAAACUCUCUUUCCGCUUUCUGCGUCCUUCUUGAUUGCGAUGUACUCGGGAUCAAAAUUUCCGCUAGACGUGACGGGCGGUGCAAAAUGAACAUAGUAGACCAGGCAUGCGACGGAGAAAAAAAUCGUGUAUAUCGAAAACCAAUAAGACCCACUCAACAUGUUCUUGUUGAUCAUGUCCUCUGCCAGUUUCACCACAAUUCUGGCCACGUUAAUACAAUUCUUGGCCUUCUCGAUGCAUUUGAGAUCAUUAGAUGACUUCGGCCUAUUCACGUGGUCCGACGAAAGAUAGUGGAUGAAAGGCCUGUAUAAGAUAAUCUUCACGUGCAGAUAGGAGAUAUGAAGAAGUCUGUUGGCUUUCAGGUACUGGCUUGAAGGUUCGACACCAGGCUUCAGCUCUAGAGGAAGACUAUUCAUCCAGUCCUGUAAGUCGAUUUCCAGUUGGUAUACAAUAUCGUGGGUCAUCAAUUCGGGGCGACGGCCGUUUUCUAUCUUUCGUGGUUUGAUGGGGUAUAGUUUUGUGACGAUCUUCUUCAUGAUGAAGAUCAGUCUCGUAUGUGCGUUGGCAAUGCCCGAGCUCGACAGUCGGUCGCCCUGUUUUUCGAAGCGAUAGCCGUCCACCGUGAUGUUCUCGUCGUCGAGCUCGAUUGGCAUGUCCUGGUCGAAGUCAUCCUCGCUGAUCGUCCGCGGAAGCCCCAGCAUGGUGUUGACGUAAAUGUCCAUCUUGUAGAUAGUCCAGAACAAUCUUUUUCGGAUUUCCAGCUCGAUUGGAUUGAACGGGUAGUCGAGCUUUCUGUGUAGACCUUCUCGCAGAGCUGCCCGCAACGCUAUGCCGAUGUAUGCAUAGCAUGUCGACAACCUGGCUGAACACUGCAAAAAUAUGAUCAACAUUACAAUUGUCUGGAUGCCGUACGUGUCUCUGGUGUCAGUGAUAUCGAUGAGUUUCCGCGCUGCAAUGAAGUACCUGUAUCCUUCGUCCUCAAAAACCUCGUUCUCAGGGGUCGGCUCGCCAUUCUUCGAGCCGUUGGUCUGCUCAUCACUCUUAAGAAAGAGGGCGCCGCAGGCCAUGACUGAGUACACGAGCGGCAGAAACCGCUGCUGCUUGUUGGUGUACUGGCUGGGGUCUGUGUCGUAGAGCUCGUUCAGAUCCUCAAUGAAGGCGGGUCGAUGGUAGAAACGGAACAGAACACACGCGUUUUCCCAAGUCUUGGUGAUCAGCCUCAGCGCAACCUCCCGAGACGGCAGAAUGAUCUUGAUCUCCUUGCCCAUGCUGGACUCGUACGAACCGUCUAUUCCCUGGUGCGGGCCGCCACCAUGCGGACUGCAGAAGUGCGAGCGUUCCGACGGUGACUCGUGGGUCUUGACCGCGGUCGUGGAAGGGGCAGGCUUCGGCACGCUGGGCAGUGUUGGCAGGGGCACGUCCGGCAACCUUUCGUACUCCUCUGCGAUGGUCUUGCUCGAGGAUUUUGUUUCGUCGCACGACUUUUCUCGCAGCUUGUUCAUAGCCGUGAGCAGCUUCAUGGGGUUUAUCGGCUUCGGAUUGUCGUUGAGAUCUGUCAGCUUGAUGUCGGGCAGUAGUCGAUGCAGGAUGUCGUCGUACAGCUUGAGUCGGUCGGCCAUCCGCGCCAUCACCUCCAGGCUGUUGGUAGGAAGAUGGGGAUGCUGAGAAUUGGCAGAUGGACCCGAUGGAGACCCUGCAUUAGCGGUGGUGUUCUUCCUCUUUGCGCGACUGGGCUGGUCGUAGGUGCACUCGUAGCUGUAGACAGUGCAGUGUAUGCAGGGCAGGUCGCCAGAACACUUGAUUUUCAGCUUUCGACAUCUGUCGCAGGCACGCACCACACGGCGCUUCUUCUGCAAAACAACGCCCGACGACCCGUCCGAUCCUGCUGGCAUGAUGAUUCUUGGCGGCGCCGAGUUGCUGGGCUUCAUUAAUAUCUCUCGGCCUAAUUCUUUGUUUGCUGGGAUGGAGGACCCUUGAUCAGGUAAUGAGCUUUGCGACGAGGCUUCGGGCACAUCCAGGUUAGUACUCUUGCGCUUACACAUCUGUACACCGAUUCUCAAUUGGGUAAAUGGUAAAUGCUAACGCCCUUUUACAUGCACUUAUACAAGAAAAGGGUAUAAGUUUUUUGACCGUACACAUAGGCCCCUCAUCCUCAUAAAUAACGCGGCAGUGAAAUAUUUCUAGAACACCUUUACAUUCGUAAACUAUGCUUAUCACGCUUUCUGAUUUAUAUACUUAAACUCGCGUCCUAUUGUGUUCUGUGUCGUCUUGCACGGCUGAUGAAAUUCGUGUGCGUCGACGUGCUCUUGCUCGUUUCCACGGCCGUCCUCAUUUCGCUCCGCUAAAGACAAAUUCUGCCGUCCUGUUUUUGCGGGUAUUUUUUUACACCUCAGUCUCCGACCCGGAGUCAGGGCUCUCUGACGAAUAACGGUGAUGCCAGAAGCCGGCAGGCGACGGUGGCGGACUGUGCCACUCGCGUAUGAAGUGCGCCCUAUCCCUGCUACGUGGACGUCUCCAAUGGCCGCCAUAUCCGUAGCCGUACACGUCGCGGUGGUGGAACGGCAGUGGAGGUGGCGGUGGUGGAGGAUGGUGAGGGUGGUGACUGAACAUGCCGAACCCUCUGUUGCCAUACGGGUGGUGGUGUGGUGGCGGUGGAGGAGGAGGGCCAAAGCGCCAAGGACCAAACUCCUCGUAGCCCCAGUACGGACUGUCCUCCCGUGCUAAUUUUCUCGAUUUUUUUUUGUUGGAACGCUUGCGUUUCUGUUUGGAACGACACUCGGACUUUUCCCGCUCCUCUGCCUGCUUCUCAGAGGCGCUGCCGGUGUUUUUUCUGGCCUCCAGAACGUCGGCAAUCUUGGCGAUCAAAGCCACUAGCUCCUCUUCUGAAGCAUCAGUUAGGUUCACAGUGACGAUUUCUUUCUCUGUCAUGAUAAUUAUAUUUGGGCUUCCAGUUCGGUAUUUAUACUAUGCGAUCAGAUGCACGGGAUUCACAAAGUUGGGGGCUUGGGCUUGGAAUCCCGAAACAAUCCCGAUAUGCACGUCUCGCUGUACAUCAAAAAGGAGCAAUAACCGAGCCAUAUGCACCUUCUGCAUGUCAUAUCCCGAAACUGCGUUUCAAUCCCGAAUUCCAUUGCCCGGGCAGCUAGCUCUGUAGCCGUCUAGCAAGCUACUCUCCCAGAUAGUUUUGCGCCAAUACUUUUGGCUCUGGGGAGUUUAGAUGCUUGGGUUGUUUCCGGAAAGGCGCACUAGAUCGCAAUUGAUAAUCUCUCUUGGUAUACGAGCUUGUACAAAUACC